AUGGCCGAGGCCACAACCGCUACAGUCCCGCACAGUCCGAGAUUGGAUGCUCCGACUGUGCGGGAUACGGGGUCGGGGAAGCGGGUACACCGUCCCGAGACGUGUGGAUUCUUCGAGGCGGACAAACAGCCGUGCGGUCGUUGCGGUCAGUGCGGUCAGCUGCAGUCUGCUGCAGUCAGUGCAGUCAGCUGCAGUCUGCUGCAGUCGUCUGCGGUCAGUGCAGACUGCUGCAGUCAGUGCGGCAGGUCGCUAGGAAAGACAGGAAAGUCUGGCAAUAUGAAUGAACUGGAAUUGGUUCUUGAUCGCGUUUCAACCGAAUAUCCAGCGCUUGUCAUGGAAAACUUCCUUUCAAUUGGAAUGAAUGAAAUCCCGGAAGACUCUACAACAAUGGCAGAUGGUUACUGUUGGAUGGUGUCAAAGCACAGCAUCUUCGUUUGGAGUAGCGGAAAGGGAAGCGAUGCUCAAAAAAGUGCUGUGCAACUGCCGCUUCCUCCCUCAGGAUUGCCAUACUCGUCGAAAUCGGUUGUUGUCUACAAAAACGGACGGAAUAAGCUGCCAGGAGUUCUAGUUGUUUCUGGUGAAGGUGUUGCUCGCCACUUCCCUGCUCUCACUUCUGCUGUUCAUUACGAGACAGUCAUCGACCUCGUCAGCGAAGUCACCCUUUCAGUGCAGUUCUUGGAGUCUUCAACAAACGACGCUUCGUUCAUCCUGACGACUACAUCUGGUUCCGUGUACCUUAUCCAUGCACGUGCGGCUCCGUCACGCGGAGAAAUCAAAUGGGAAAGAAUAGGUACUCGUGAAGCCCGUGGGAUUGGUAGACGUCUAUCAAACAUAAUAUUCGGGUCUCAAGCUGCUUCUAAUGACAAUUCACGUGUGGUAAAUUCUCUGAUAUAUGAGGAUGAUCUUGACGAUUAUGAGGAUUCGGGUAUCAUUGUCCUCACCAUCUCCCCAAGCAUGAUUUGUUCAUUUGAUGUGAUGAAAAAGAAUUCAUCAAAGAUACUCAACAUCCGCUCAGAUUUGGAGCAUCGUGUCACUAACUAUUUUGAGAGCACCCCUCGAGGACAGUCCGUCGCUGGAGUGAAUGUAUGGUUUCUCGAUGCAGCCAAAUUUCGUGCUGGAAUCCUCUUGCUGCUUGCUGGAAGUCACGAUAACACUACAGAUGUGACAUUUUUCUUAGCGGUGAUUCAUUACAAAGGCGAAGAUUCGAAAGUAAGAUGGUUCUCAGCUAUUCCCGUCGAUUUGAUCUACCGACAGAACUUUGAGUCGACUAAAGAGUCAUCUUUCGUUGGGCACGUUUUCCUCUGUGUUCCCGAUCAGACAUCAAAUUCGUCUACUUGUGAACGGACAGAUGGUGUUGUCAUCGUUUAUCCCAAUUUUGUACAAUCCGUAUUCUUGCCGGAUGAUUUGAGAGGACACAAUCCAACUUUAUUGAACAAGGUUGUGCCUAUUCCUGCGGGCACAAAGUUAGUAGGUCAUGCUUGUGAUGAGCGAUUCUGCUAUGUAAUGACGUUCGAUGGCGCUAUCUCAUGUGUCCGUCUUUUACCGAGAGGUUUUGAGGACGAUCUUGCUGAUGACAACGCAUUCAUAGAUGAGCUUUGUGCCUUGAGAGAUAGCGUCUCCCAAGACGACGAGCCUCUUUCUAUCUUCGUGUCUGCAUUCAUUCAAUUUGCCUCGAAAAAUAUUGUGAAAGCAUGUGAAAUCAUGAAACCUCUCUUGAGCAAGACGGACAAUGAACUCACAGCUUUGGUGUACACUUUUCUGAGUAACAUCUUGGAUCUAUCAGUCGGAUCUCAUCCAGACAAAGGGCUCAGCAAAAAACGGAUCAUUUGCAACCGUACCCUGUUGUUUCUCAAGCACAUUAAUAUUUACGAUAGGGUUGCCCCUACGAAGGUUCUUAUAUCAUCGCUUACAAAUUCGCGAACGGGCUCCUCCAUUCUAACUGAGAUGAGCGAACGAGUAGCUGCUGCUAUUGCCUUAUGGCAGUGGGAGACCAUGCGUGAAGAUCGGGCUGAAUUGAUGGAUCAAGUCACCAAGAAACUGGAGACUAUCGCCGAUGCACCUUACGUGUACGAGUCAAAUAUCUACUCAGCGUUAUCCAUAAUACACAAACUGCCUACGGCAUGUAUCGAGACGGUUCGUGAGCUUAUGCGACGUGCUGUUGAUAAGGAUGCAAAACAGCGAUUAAUCAUUCUAUGUGCAGACCUACUGUUAACUUUCAUGAAUGCCAUCAAGGCGCAGAGAAGGACUGCUUCAAUAAGGUCAGAUGGUGACUUGCAGUGGACAUCCGGGGCAAUCUCUAAUGCAUAUUUACUUGCGUGCAAAAUUCUUCUUAAUGAGCUGCAGGGUCAAGAUCUAUCUCAAAGUCAGCGACUGCAGUUGAGAGAUUACGUUAUCAAUCUGGCGAGAUUUCACCUUAGCGAAUGCAAUGAGCCCAUAGACGGGCAUGAAAUCAUUGUGGCUUUAUACGAUCUUGGAGAAUACGACGUAGCCGUGGAUCUGGCAGAGCAGUUCAAGGAUUUCAAAGUGUUGAUAAAAGUCUGCCUCCAACUUGAUGAUGCCGAUCGCCGCGCUAGAUUGGAUGAGUACAAACGACGAUACUAUGCUGACGAAUUUGACAUGUACCUCUGUAGGUAUUUGAAGGAGAAAAAGUUGAACCAUAUGCUGCUUGAAGAAAAGGGUGAUCGGGUUGACCGCUACCUAUUAUCCUGCGAGGGCAUUCGCUGGAGACGUGAGCUGCAGAAUCGUCAGUUUGAGCAGGCUUCCCGAAGUCUUCUCAGUUUGGCGAACCGUGAAACUUCUGAUGCAUCCCAUCAAAGAACCCUUUUUGCCUUCUCUAAAUUAGCCGCUGUCUGCAGUGAAAAAACGCCAGAAGAUGUGAUGGAAGAAACGAAUAGAAAACUUGUAUUAUUGAAGCAUCAGUCGUUCAUACCUGAGUCACUAAUCAAGACAGUUUACCCAGAUAACCCGAAACGACCACUUACAGUCACUGAAAUGGUGGAGCUGAAUAUGCUUGAUCCAGAUAUUGUGGAAGGACAUAAAAGGGAUCUCUAUCUUCUAGCUAGACUGUUCGAGGACGGAGAAACUGCAGAACUUCGGACUUUUCUUCUGAAUGUGUGGACAUCUGCAGUGAAGCAUAGUGACUGGAAGCAGGUCAACAACAUUCAAGAUCUUUCUGAUACCCCUUUUGCUGGAAUUUUGAAGCAAUUAUUGGAAGACGAGUCUUCUGCCGAGACUUUGCUGCGAGUUCUUCCGUCGUAUGAAGCACUACUGGAUAACUGCCGGAAGACACUUUCCGUGAAUGAAAUGGCACCGAAAUGGAUUCGCGGUGCCAUUGAACGAGCUUCAUCGGUAUUGAGUAACAGUAUAAAGAAUAAAAAAGAAGAAGAACAAAGAAGAGCUAGAGCUAUUUUGGGAGUGCCAGAAACGUGUCCUAUUUUUGAAAAGCGACCUCUUGUAAAUGCUAAAAAUGUCACUGCUGCAUAAUAAUCCGUGCAUUUCAAUAAGUAAUCUGCCUUGGUUUGAUCUUGAAAUAUUAUGGGUUUUCUUUAUCCGUUGGUUUCUUUAUCACAUACAGUCGAAAGAUAAUAAAAUCAUGAACUAUUGUGCUGCUUCGUGACGUUCCUUGAG